AUGGCCACAUAUUACGAGCCUCUCGAUGUUGACUUUUAUGAAAUUCGAAUGCUGUCCAUCUUGCCUGCCACCACCCACGAUGCCGUCGUGAAAUGCACGCUAGAGAAGACGAGCCUGCUAGGUCCGCCCAAAUAUGUCGCUCUUUCUUACUGUUGGGGCGAUCCCAAUUUCACGACCACGAUAUUUGUGAAUGACAUCGAAGUUAAUGUUACAGUCAAUCUUGCGGACGCUCUAAAGCACUUGCGUCUUCUUGAAGUCACGAGAGUUUGGGAAGAUGCCUUGUGUAUCAACCAGUCGGACCGACAGGAAAGAAGCCUUCAGAUCCGACAUAUGAAGCACAUCUACUCGAAAGCGGACGAUACUUAUUCAUGGCUGGGCCGAAAUGAUGCCGAUAGCUCAAAAACUGCUAUGAGGUUUCUCCAAAAGCUUUUGCUUGCCGAAGACGGCGCACUUCCUACGGACUUGUCGAAUGUACAUUCGCCUGCUGUAAAUGGCGAGGCAUUGCAGCCAACAACCAUGCCGAUCAUAUCGGAAGUCUUAGCGCCCACGUCCAUCGAAGAAGAUAUUGCAAUAGCUGAUGCUGGCGAACGCAGGUUGCUUGAAACGCUUUGUCGUCCGCUUCAGGACUUCUUUCAAAGACCAUACUGGAAGCGACGUUGGAUUAUUCAGGAGAUUGCCGUGUCGCCGCGGGUCCAAAUAAGCUGCGAUGAUCCAAGGGACAGGAUCUUCGCAUUGCUCAGUCUCUGCCAUGAUGGGCCAGAGCUAGUUCCCACCCCAAACUACCGGCAGCCCCUCGUGUUAGUCGUGGCAGACAUAUCGAAGGCUCUUCUUCGGAAGAAAAAAUAUUGUGAGGUUGUCUUGAUCAAUCGACUGCUGGAGACUGGUAGCAACCCAGGUCCUCUUUCCUUGUGGAUUUCAGAUGAAGCCACAAAGGACGUAGCUGAAAGCGGCUAUUCUUUCCUCAACAAGCAACUUGACUCAAUGGGGAAGUUGUGCAUGCUAGAGACAAGCAGGGAAAUCAGUCUUUUCCUCCAGGUCGAAGGUGCCGUGAUUGGAACAAUCGUUGCCGCAACUUCGAUACUAGGCUCUGGUGGCGGAAGCAACUCAGAUAGAAUCACGAGUGGCAGUCUCGAAGAAAUGCUACUUACAGAUCAGUCAACACAACCAACUGCGUAUUAUGCUUCCAGUGCGGAAAUCGCUGCAGCUAUAACUUCCUGCCUGACACAGAGAUACGCCGGCGCGUCAUGGUACCUCUACCGAAAUUUUCCAAGUACAGCGCAAUGGUUCGAAACUCAUACUCAGGGUUUUUUCAGUGUUGACAUAGUCCUGCAUGCGAGUGUGGAUAUGAAAUACCGGGCUUGA